GCCAUUCCAGGGUGUAUGUACAGUAUGUAUAUGUCGCUAUGGGCCCCGAAGAGAAAGAGAAAAAGGAAAGAAAAAAAAGACAUGCUCCUUGAGGGAGUCGAACCCUCGACUUCAGCUAGUCGGCAUGCGGAGUCCGAGAAAACGGAGUUACCACAUAAGAGCCACGCCAUAACCACUAGGCCAAAGGAGCCGCAUCUUACCCAGUGGCGAAUCUUGUAUGGCUUGUGUUUUCAUUGUUUUACUUAUUUUCCUUUGGUGUGGUGUGUUGGAUUGCGUGGGGGGUUUGAGUAUUUUUGUUAGUUAUGUUGGGGGCUUUGGUAGUGUGGUUU